AUGGCAGUAGACUACGACAACGUAGGCAGUCAAGUGGUCAAGCCCAACCACCUGGCUCACGUUGUCCUGCGCACGAACAACCUCAAGCCCAUGGUGGAUUUCUACAAAACAUUUCUCGGGGCCCAUGCAUCAUUCGAGAACGAUAUGAUUUCGUUUCUGACGUACGACCACGAGCACCAUCGUGUCGCCAUCGCACAAAUUCCAGGAACAGACCCCCCGAACCAUCAGACGUGCGGUCUCGAGCACAUCGCCUUCGCGUACGACAAGAUGGAAGACCUGGUCCUGUCCUACCGCCAGCGCAAGGCCAACGGGAUCCUGCCGGUGUGGUGCGUCAACCACGGCCCAACCACUUCCAUCUACUACGCGGACCCGGAUGGGAACCAGGUCGAGACACAGGUCGACAACUUCGACACCAACGAGCAGGUCGAGAAGUUCUUGGCUUCUCCCGAGUUUGCGCAGAACCCUAUGGGAACGGACUUCGACCCGGAAGAUCUGGUCAAGAGGCUGCAGUCAGGCGAGGACAUGGCUUCCAUCAAGAAAAGAAUCGAGAUUGGUCAACGAUUCAUGCG